AAUUCAAAAAUUUUAUACCCUUUUUAAAUGAAUUUCAAAUUUCAUUAAAAAACCUAAAAAACCGCCUUUUGUUUUUGUUUCUGGGAAAUUUUUUUUAGGGUGGUUUUGGUUAACGUUCGCCGGAGGUGCUAGAGGGAAGAGCUAGGUGGUGGCUUUCUUGAUUUAAUUUAAUUUUCCGUUGGUGGGUCGUCGUCGUUGUUUUUAUUGAAAUAAUCGUGGCCGUACACGUGGACAUCGGAACGGAGAUGAUAACGGAGAGGUGGGGUACGUGGGAGGAGCUGUUGUUAGGAGGGGCAAUUCUCCGCCACGGUACCCGAGAUUGGAACCUCGUCGCUUCGGAGCUCCGAACCCGAACUGUUUCUCCUUUUGCUUUCACUCCCGAGGUUUGUAAAGCUAAGUAUGAGGAUUUGCAGUGCCGUUACUCAGGUUGCAAAGCUUGGUUUGAGGAGUUACGUAAACAACGAAUGGCAGAGCUGAGGCAAGCUUUAGAGCAAUCUGAAGAUUCAAUUGGAUCGCUGGAAUCAAAGCUUGAAAGCUUAAAGGCUGAGAAAACAGAUUAUUCGAGGGUUGAUUAUGAUUCCAGUCAGACAGAAUCAGCACUACCAUGUCAUAAAUCUGAGGGAGUUGAAUUUUCCAGUAAGAACACAUAUAAGGAUGGCCUCUCUGCUGGUAGUUUCACACAGGAAGCUGAGACAAUCUGGGCACCAGAUUUUCAGAUUCCAGCUGCAGUGCCUACUGAGAUGGAUUCCAAGCCAGGAGGAGAUUCACUGACCUCCGAGGGGGAGAAAAUUUCAAGCAUUGAUAAGUUGGCAUAUACUUUCUCUGGAGGACAGUUGCAGAGUAUAAGAAAGAGGAGGGGAAAGAGAAAGAGAAAAGAUUGCAGUAAGGAUGCCAAAGAAGGGAGUGUUGGAGAAAGUGUGUUUCUAGGCCCAUCUGAUGUUGCAAGUGCCUCACGUUGCAAAGAAACUUCAACUAGCAACUCUGCUCAGAUUGCCAGAUCUUCAGGUGUUGAGGAUCAGUGCAGAGGUUCAGGCAAGGAAGUGACUGAUGAUAUAAUAGGAAUAUUCAGUUCUGUAGCAGAGAAUGACUGUGCUUCUGUCUUUCGACGAAGGCUUGAUAGCCAGAAAAGAGGAAGAUACAAGAAAAUGAUCCUACGGCAUAUGGAUUUUGACACCAUAAGAUCAAGAAUAGCCAGUAAUUCCAUCAUGUCUGUUAGAGAACUCUUUCGUGAUAUGUUAUUAGUUGCCAACAAUGCCUUGGUUUUUUAUUCCAAGAAUACACGUGAAUAUAAAUCUGCACUACUUCUGAGACAUAUUGUCACUGCAACAUUGCGGCAACAUUUUAAGGAGUAUGGAGGUAAGGUUCCUAUCACCACCUUUAACUCCGGCAGACCUAUGCAUAAGCCUACUGCCAAGCCCCGAAGCAUUCGCCAUGAUAAUCAGAAACUGCCAGGAAACGCAUCCAACAAUAAGAAUCCAGUAGUCGGGUAUUCUCAUGGGAGUAAAAAGAGAACUAAUGCAGAAUCUACUCCAUCAGUGGAGUCCGUAGCUGUGACAAAGAAAGGUUCAGCUCCUCGGCCAAGAAAAGUGGACCAGGGACGCUCUGGUCAAAAGUCCGAAAGUCCAACAAAAGGAAGAAAGACAACUCGAGCUCGGUGAUCAUGUAGUAUAAUGUAUAUUGAUCUUUUUGUUUUUAAUUAUAAAACCAGUUGUAGCUCCAUGUUCUAAAUGUAGGAAAAUGUCUAUAGUCAUCCUGUGUAAAAGUUUUCUCCGUUUGGAUGUACAUUUGUAGAACUGCACUGUAACUUGUAACACUAACACAUGAAACCAAAAAAAAAAAAAAAAGGAAACCCUUCUUGAUGUACAA